ACUACACAGCCAGAAAGGGGGGAGACAGUCAAGAUGCAGGAAUAUGAUAUUAUAGUGCUUGGAACAGGGCUUAAGGAAUGUGUCCUCUCAGGUUUAAUGUUACUAAAAGGUAAAAAGGUCCUUCAUAUUGACAAGAAUGCUUACUGCGGAGGAGAGAGUGCGUCAAUAUCUCCCCUCGAGCAGCUGUACAGGAGGUUCAAGGUUUCUGGACCAGUCACAGCUACUGGUCGUGGUAAAGAGUGGAACAUUGAUCUUAUUCCCAAGUUUUUCCUUGCCAAUGGUCAACUAGUGAAAAUGUUAGUGUAUACUGAUGUAACUCGCUAUCUGGACUUCCGAGUGGUGGAAGGAAACUACGCGUACAAAGCGGGAAAACUGCACAAGGUCCCUGUCACUGAGGACGACGUCCACAGUUCAGAUCUGAUGGGCAUGUUUGACAAGAGGAGGUUCAGGAAGUUGUUGCUUUUCGCCCAAACAUUUGACGUGACAAAACCUCACACACAUCAGGAUUUGGACCCACAAGAAACCACAACUCGAGAUCUGUUCUCUCACUUUGACCUUGGCCUGGACGUUGUGGAGUUUAUUGGUCAUGCCGUAGCCCUGCACAGCAGCGAGAGUUAUCUGGACCAGCCCUGCGUGGAAACCAUCAAACGGAUCAGAUUGUAUGCUGACUCUCUUGCUCGCCACAACACCAGCCCAUACCUUUAUCCUGUGUUUGGACUGGCAGAACUACCGCAAGGAUUUGCCAGAUUGAAUGCAGAGUACGGAGGAACGUUCCUGCUUAACCAAACGGUGGAUGAGAUCGUGAUGGAUGACGGCAAAGUGACAGCUGUGAAAUCUAAAGGGAAGUUGUUCCGCUGUAAACAGCUCAUCUGCGGCCCCAGCUACGUUCCCAACCGAGUGAGGAAAGUGGGGCGAGUCAUCAGGGUUAUCUGUUUAUUAAAUCAUCCGGUUAAAAACACUCAAGAGGCCAAAUCGUGCCAGAUUAUCAUCCCUCAAACACAACUAAACAGGAAGUCUGACAUCUUCAUAUCUGUAGUGUCCUAUGUACACAACGUGGCCUCGGAUGGGUUUUACAUCGCCACAGUGAGCACCAUUGUUGAAACCAAACACCCAGAGAAAGAAGUGCAGCCAGCCUUGGAGCUUCUGGAGCCCAUCAUGCAAAAAUUCGUUUCGGUCAAGAGCCUACUUGUUCCAAAUGAUGACGGAAAGAUAAGUCAGAUUUUUGUAUCUCGCUCAUAUGAUGAAACAAACCACUUUGAGAGUGAGUGUGAAGACAUUGAGGACCUGUACCUUCGAAUCACUGGCACCAACUUUUGCUUCACCUCACACAGGCAUCAGUCACGCAGCUCAGAUGAAGACUGACCCUUUUGCAGACAGAAAGUAAAAUCCUUUUUCAAAAAAAAAAAAAAAAAACUUUUCAACUUUUUUAUGUGAUUUGUUUCUUAAUUUUGUUACAAUUAAGACUCCUGGUGGAAAGCCAGAAACAACAAUACAAAAAAUACCCUUAAUGUAUAUAGGUUUUCUGUCAGUGGAAUACAUCUGACCAAAUAAUUUGAUGCAUUGAGCAUUCAGUAAUGUAUUGGAAACCUCAUAUAUAGCAAUGUGUUAUUUAGUCAUUAAAACAGGGAUUUUGUGAAAUUCUGAAAGUGUGGCAGUUGGGCACAGGCUUUUUCUUUGAAUACAACACAUUUGAACAUAGUUUUGAAGACGUGCUUAAUCUGCAAUAAAUCAUUAUUUGAGCACAGUUUAGUAUUUUUUUGUAUUUCAGCUGCGUGUUAAUGUUUAACGUAAAAGUAAUCUUUUAGUAUAAUGAUGGUGGCUGCUUAAAUAAUCUAAAUAUGAAAAUCAUGAAUUUGUUAGAACUAUGAUAAUGGAGAAAUUAAUGUUUAAAAGACGAAAAUGACACACUCCUAAGUGCUGACAUUGUGGAACCAAUGUGAAGUUCUUUUGAGCCAGAGAUAACUUGAGGCCUGUCAACCAGGAGGUCAGAACGCCAGAGAACUUUUAUAUUUUUGGCCGCGAGUUGAAUAAAAUUAGCAAAAGAAGUUCUAGUUCAAGCAAUAAGUAUUUAUCUAAAUAUGUUGUAUUGGAUGCGAGAGCUGCUACAAUGUGCAGCCUACAGUCAUUGGCGAAAUUAUUGGCACCCCUGGAAUUUUUCCAGAAAAGCAUUUCUCACAGAAAUGGAUGAAAUUAACGAAUGUUUUCAGUAUGAAUGUUUUUAUUUUUUGAUGUGCAUUGGAAAAACACAAAAAAGUUGAAGAGAAAAUCCAAAAUGUACACAAUUUUACACAGAAUGCAAAAAAAUGGGCUGGACAAAAUUGUUGGAACCCUUAACUCAAUAUUUGGUUGCGCAUCCUUCAGAAGAAAUAACAGAAAGCAGUCGCUUCCUAUAACCAUCAACAAGUUUCGUGCACCUCUCAGAUGGAAUUUUGGACCACUCUGGACCACCACUGCUGGGUGCCUUGACAGUGUGCAAGGAGUCAUGAAAUAUGGAGACUAUCAAAAUGUUUUGGGCCUGUCAUUGGUGUUCCAACAGGACACAUCCAAAACAUACCUCAAAUAGCAGCAAGAAAUGGUUGGACACCAGUGCCAGAAAAAAUAAUGAGGCCUACAAAGAAAAGAACACUGUGCCUGUAGUCAAACAUGGUGGGGAUCCAAUAAUGUUUUGGGGUUGUUUUGCUGUGUAUGGCACUGGGUACCUUGACAGUGUGCAAGGAGUCAUGAAAUAUUGAGACUAUCAAAAUGUUUUGGGCUAGAAUGGAGGGUGUAGUGUCAGAAAACUAGGUCUGCGUCAGAGUUCAUGCGUGAGGACAAUGACCCAAAACAUACCUCAAAUAGCACCAAGAAAUGGUUGGAGACAGCCCAUUUUUUGCAUUGUGUGUAAAAUUGUGUACAUUUUGGCUUUUCUCUUCAGCUUUUUUGUGUUUUCCAAUGCACAUCCAAGACAUAAACUCAUUCAUACAGAAACAUUAAUUUCUGUGAGAAAUGUCGUAUUUUCUGGAAAAAUUCCAGGGGUGCCAAUAACUUUGUCAAUGACUGUAAACCGAGCAGACCAUUGGAUUUAUAAUCUACAUUGGGAGAUGCAAUUGACAGGCAUCCAAUUCAGGGUGUACCCUGCCUACUGCCCAUAGUUAACUGGGAUAGGCUCCAGCACCCCUGCGACACUUGUGAGGAUAUGCGGAAUAGAAGAUGAAUGAAUGAAUUGGGGGAAGAAUCAACGUAAGAGACCAAAAAAUCAAGGUGUGGACAAAUCAUUUAUCAUACUCACAUACACUGUUACAUAUUAAUGAUAAUUAUUCUGAUCUUUGUGCACAAUGUUGGCAGGCACUGUUAGCGCUUAGCAGAUAAACGCAGAUAGACUCAAACACAAGUAUAAGACGUAAAAAUAAAGACGUGCAUGCUUUAAAAAAAAAAGGUUUUACAGUAUGUUCUUUCAAUUUCUUAUCUGAAUUUUGGACACAGAAGAAGACUUUGGUUGGGUGAAAUGAAUGCCUAUAGUGCCCCCAACCACCACCACCACCACCACCAUGGUCGUUGUCUUUUUUUGCUACUAAUAUGAUCCUCUUUGUACAGCUAGUAGCCAAACACUGUGGUAUAUUGACACUGCCUUGUCCUUUUGUGUCGUUUUUCCUUGCAAAUUCCAUGUAGGAAGCGAUUAUACGCUACACGUUACCAAAUUAAAGUAUGGCAAGAUAGACUAGCCAACAGCAACAUUAGGAUAAACUACAGUGUACACACGACUAUAGAAGAUACAAGUUGCAUGUAAACUAAAUUGUCAUCACAAUAGCCUUGAAAAUUCUGGAUGCAUCUGGCAUCAUGAGCGAUGGCAGACUAUCUGAAAUACAGUGGUACCUCUACAAACGAAGCUAAUUCGUUCGAGGACCUUGUUUGUAAGUCGAAAUGGUCGUAUGUCGGGCAAUAUUUGCCCAUAAGAAAACAUAAUUCCAUUAAUUCGUUCCAAAGCCCGAAAACCUUCACUAAAUCCUUAAUAAAUACUGCUUGUUCUAUUAAAAAUGACAAUUACACUUAGCAAAAUAAAUACAUUAUAAAUAAAAGUAAGAAUUUUAAUGAUAACAAUAAUUCCUGUAAUAAUGUUAACGAAUCGGGUUCUAAUGUGACGGACGUGUUUUGCGUGCUGUACCUAAAUGCACCGCGUGGCUGAUGUAACAGAGAGAGAAAGGUGCGGUAGACAUUUUACUUUCUCUUUUAAUGUUUUGUUGUUGGCGUCAACUGUGGCGGACAGUAAGCGUGUUAUGUUGCACAAGUUCUGAAAUAAAUUAUUAAAAACCUGACGAACCUGGCAAUUUCUUUGGCGAUUUUACAAUAAUAUUGUCAACUUAAAGACUGGUGAAUGGAGGUUGGAGGAGGACCGUCAAGACUGUAGACAUUCUACGGCAAUAUUGUCGCGCAGGUUCACGGACAUGCACACCACGCUCAUAUUUUUCCAACAUUUCCUUCUUCAUUUCAAAUGGUAAGUGUCACCUUUUUCCUUUUUUCACCACCUGCACUAACAUUCUUGGAACCCAUGUUGAUUUCACUCAAGAAAAUCCGCCGUGCGUCCGUUUUGCAGGAAAACAAAGAAACUGCGGCACUGUCAUAAAUAGUCGAAUUUCGAGCAUGUCAUCUGAUGUAGAAACAUAUGACGAGUCAAAUUUUACGUCGGAUGUUGAAAAGAUCGUGUGUCGAAGCUAUCGUAUGUCGAGGUACCACUGUACUUGUAUUUGAUUACGUAGAACAUUUCUGGCAUUUGAAAAUUGCUGCUCACUGCAAUUUUGCUUGCUUCCUGAAAAUACUAUAUAAAACCUAAUUGACAUUUUUCUCCACUAUUAAACAGCAGAAAAUAGAAUUCUGUACUUUUUCCGAAUUCUUAAACUGCUGAGAUGCACUUGAUCAUAAGUUUACAAUUCCUUUAAACGUGUGUGUAUGUUACAGUGGCAUACAAUCAUGUCAAAUAUUUUUUUAGUAAAAUGUUAUUAAUAAUUGGCCUGCUUUCUGACUGUAUUCUAACAAUGUCAAAACAGAAAUGAUUCUUCUUAUUAUUAGGCAUAAAGAGUUUCUAUAAGGUGCGUUGCCUAAAUUUAUUUUCCACGACUCAAACUUGUGAAUGGAAAAAAGUGGUUACAGUAGAUGCUGCCAACAUGAGGACACCACAGAGAUUAAAAAGGCCUCCAUGCCGAUAUGUGUUUAGCACACAAAGGCCUGCAUGAUGAGAGAUGAAUGCAGAGGAUUAUUAGAUUCUGUCGCGGCUUAUGUGUGGCAAGGACAAAGCCAGUGAAUUAUGUCAUAUGCUGCACACACCCACAGUGGUGCUGCAGGGUGACUGUAAGAGGCUUGGGCGAGUCAAGGACGAGCAACUGAGGUGGAACGGUGUUCUGUACUUUUUCCCCCCCCCCAUGCGCAAGGAAUGUUGUAGCACAACACCAAAUAGCCAAAUUAGUUAGGAGAGGAGAUCA